CACAUUUUCUCAAUUCUUAUUCCUAAAACUCCAUACUUACCUCCUCGGUAAUAUUUUGUUGGGAAUAGAGGAAUAUAAUUCCAUUCUCAUUUCCAUCUUUAUUCUCAAACCCAAUGAAACGAACGUAGAAUUUUCCUUCCCAUCUUUAUUCUCAAACCCAAUGAAACGAAUGUAGAAUUUUCCUCCACUUAGAUUUAAAAUCCGAUUCCCUUCCUAAACUCUCACAUACCAAACAAUUCCCAUAGGGGAAAAAAAAUACUAGUAAAUUCAACCUAGCUUGGUUUUCAGAAAUUUCUUAAAUCAAAAUUGAGUAAUUAAAUAAAAAAAAAAAGUCCAUAAAAUUUCAAGAUCUAGUACCAAUUUAAGGUAGCCCCACAUUGUGAGACACAGCCAAAAUAACCCUAUAUAAUACUGCUUCAGCCCCAACUGACCCUGCGCCAUUCCUCCUUUCGCCUUCUCCACAUCUUAACCAUCUCUCUCUCUCUCCAUAAGCGUGCUUUUCGAGAGAUAGGGUGCAUGUUUGUCUUUUUCUCUCAUGAAUAUUGAAUCAUACAACAAAUUUCUGAUUCAUUCUUCCUUAAUUUUAUUCAUCUGGGGCUAAGAUUUUGCACUGCUUUUACCUGAUUUCUGAUUGAUUUGUUUGAAUCUGUGCCUUUUCUCAUCUGGGUAUCAAUCAGAUUUUGUUUUGGUUGUUAUUUGUUAGGAUUUUUGGUGCAAAAAGAUUAUAUAUUUUCUGGGUUUGUUGUUGUUUUUCAAUGGGCGCUUUAGAUGAGGGUCAUUUUGACGUGGAACUUGAAAAUACUUUGAACUUGGGUGUUGAAGAAGAAGAACCAGAAAUUCAGGCUGCUGUUAGAGUUUUGCUGCAAGGUUUGGGUGAAGAUAUCAAUAGGGAAGGGAUUAAAAAGACUCCGCUUCGUGUUGCCAAAGCGCUUCGACACGCUACUACAGGGUACAAACGGAACGCAAAAGACAUUAUAGAAGGUGCUAUUUUUCCAGAAGCAGGUCUAGACAAUAAUAGAAUUGGCCAUGCUGGAGGAGCAGGGGGUCUUGUUAUUGUUCGUGAUCUUGACCUCUUUUCAUAUUGUGAGUCGUGCUUGCUACCAUUCCAGGUGAAAUGUCAUGUGGGCUAUGUUCCAUCUGGGCAGAGAGUUGUUGGCCUUAGCAAGCUUUCUCGGGUUGCUGAUGUUUUUGCUAAGCGCCUCCAGGAUCCCCAACGGCUAGCUGAUGACAUGUGUUCAGCGUUGCAAGAUUCCUUAAAGUCAGCUGGUAUUGCUGUGAUUCUUCAGUGUCAUCACAUACAUUUUCCCGCUUUAGAGUCUAUGUUCCUGGACUCAUCAACUGAAGGGUGGAUAAAAGGGCUGGUAUCCUCAGGAUCUGGAGUUUUUGAAGAUGAAGAUGCUAAUAUUUGGGGUGAGUUAUUUAGUCUUUUGAAAUUUCGAAGCUCAAUUGCUGAUAAAAUUCAAAAGAGAAACUCGAGCAAUCAUUGGUGCCCGUCUCAAGCUUCCACAUUGAAUAAAAUUUCAUCCAGUGUUGGAAAGGCACACCCUCCUAGUAUGGUUAGUGCAGUCACUUCCAUUAUCAGAUCCUUGGGCGAAGAUCCAUUAAGGAAAGAGCUUGCUUGCACUCCCGCUCAUUUCUUGAACUGGCUGAUGAAUUUUCAGAACUGUAAUAUGGAUAUGAAGCUGAACUCAUUUGUUUGUAAUAAAGCAGGACCUCAGAAAUCAAAUGGCACUUCAAUUAUAAGCAGGCAGAUCCAUUCUGAGCUGAAUUUGCCCUUUUGGUCACAAUGUGAACAUCAUUUACUUCCAUUUCAUGGAGUAGUGCAUAUAGGUUACUCUUCUGCUGAAGGGGUACAUCCCAUUGGGAAGUCCCUUCUUCAGUCAAUUGUGCACUUUUAUGGAUUCAAGCUGCAGGUGCAGGAGAGGUUCACUAGACAAGUUGCUGAGACAGUUGCACCUCUUCUUGGCGGGGACGUGAUAGUUGUUGCAGAGGCUAGCCAUAUGUGCAUGAUUUCUCGGGGUAUUGAGAAGUUUGGAAGCAGCACAGCCACAGUUGCUGUUCUAGGUCAUUUUUCAACUGAUGCAAAGGCCAGGGCAUUGUUUUUAGAAAGCCUUCCCAGCAUGAACAAUUAUUAAGGAUGAUAUUUUCAAUCAAGGAAUCACUCGGCCAAUUUUUCUCUAGCUUCAUUUGGCCUCAUAUCUGGCAAGGCAAGCCAGACUUCAUCGCCAUAAGUUUUACAGGCUGCAAUAAGAAGAGAUUUAUUUGAAUGGAAAUAUACAGCAGGGUGAUCUAGAAAGUUGAGUUUUUAUUUUCUCUCAUUUGUCCUACUGCAUCAAUGUGCCCUUCAGAAGAGAUUUUCCUAUUUCAUUAUGCCUCUAUAGAGGGCAGUUGGAAUUUUGAGUUCCAUAUAGUAGUUCUUACACAGAGGUACAGAUCAUGAUCUCAAUGCACAUUUGAACUCAGAAAAAAAACUGGUGAUUCAAAUUUUGUACUGAUUAAAACUAUACUGCUUGAGAAAUUUCUCUUGUGUAUACCUUCCUUGCAUCCUUUAAAUGAUGAUCUUUUUUUUUUCCACAAGAAUUGUUCUUUUGAAUUGUACAAGGAGAAGUUCUAGCUCAGAUUAAUGGCUACUUUUUCCAAUUU